GAUCUUUCAAUUAGUUGCAAUAUAAUUUUAUUAUUUGAACAAUUUAAUAUUUUCGUUCAUUUAAUUGUCAAUUUUUACACAACUUAGAGUCCUUGGAUUUUGGAUGGUGACCAGCUUUAAAACAGAUCUGAAGAGUGUAUAUAACAAUGGGUUCAGUGGAACCAACAUCGAGGGCCGGAGUGGCGCUGGAUCUCAUACUUAAAACUCUGAUAGCUUCUCAAGAUUUUAAUCACAUUCAGAGCAAAAACUGGGAAGCAAUAUCAAGACUUGUACCAGGAACCACUGCAGGAAUGGUUGCAAGGAGAUAUGAAGAGUUGCUGUUCAGUGGAGAUUUACUUCCCUUUGACCAGUUUGAGAAAAACAUGACAGGGCAAGGGGGUUCCUUGCCUUCUGGCAUGUCAGACUCAGAUCUGAGUAAAAAUAGCAGUAGACCCUGCUCUGCUAAACCUAAAGGUAGCAAAGAUGAUAAAGAUUUAACAGGGAAAGAUAUUUCCAGUGAUUUAAAGAGUGGAGAUAAAGGUCCAAUGAUGGUCAUACAUGUAUGCGAUGAAGCUAAAAGUUUGAAGCAGGAUUUUCAGUGUCCGCGGGACCUUCUGGUGCAGGAGAUGAAGUAUUUUGCGGAAUAUUUAUCCACGGAUGCUCAACGCUGGGAGGAAGUUGAUAUAUCUGUCCACUGUGACGUUCAAAUCUUUGAAUGGCUGAUGAGAUAUGUCAAACGCAGUGAUGUCAGUGAUAAACCCAAACUAGCAGCAAAAAAUAACAAGCGUCAACAGAUGGAACCAAACAAUGUGAUAUCAAUCCUAAUAUCAUCAGACUUUCUCAAGAUGGAUAGCUUGGUGCAAGAAUGUAUAGAAUAUUGCCAUGGCAACAUGUCAGCUAUAGUUAGUACACCGUGUAAUAUGAACUGUAUCAAUGAUAAACUUGUAGGGAGAAUUGCUGAUUUAUUUUCACACAAUGAAGCUGAUGAUAUAAAGGAUAGGAAAGACAAAUUUAAAAGUAAAUUGUUUGCAAAGAAACUUGAGAAGUUGUUUGAGCCAGAUUUCACAAACCAGGACUGUCUAGAAAAUGCAUCAACAUUGUUCAGGUGCUCAAUAUGUAAAAAGAUGCUGACCAGAAACUUGGAGAGAAAAGUCAAAUGUAUGCCAAGCAGGAUGACAAUAGAUAAGAGAGGACAGCUAACAUUCUGUCAUAUACGGGAUCCGACAUUUGACGUUAACCAGUAUCUUAUCGAUCUAAAAACACAGCUUAAAUCAUGGCGUGAAGUUUACUGGCGGAUGUGGGGAACGGUCCAUUAUCAGAUGUGUAGUCGCUGUGGGGAGACGUUCUCGUGUACUGACUAUGGUCACUGUAAAUAUCAUCCUGAACCCCCUCGGUACGAUAAUGAAAUGAGCAGCUCGUCUUAUGUUGGGACGUACCCUUGCUGUCACCAAAAAUGCCUCAGGUUUGAUCCAACACAGCAAAACAAGGGAUGCAGGGUUCGAGACCACGUGGUGAACGUAGCGCAGGUGAAUCCGGGCAGUGAGAAUGACCUCCAGAGUCAGUUAAACAAAGUUAAUGAUGAUUUAUUGUCACAUCGUGAUGUAAUUUGUGUUCCAUAUCAAAGACUUUCAGACGCCAGGAAAUACAAUGAUUGGAUGACUGGUGAAAUGGAACUGAAUGUCUUUGCGAAUGAAGAAUUUGCCAGUAACUCAAGGUCAGAGGGCGUGGCCAUAUCCUCCGUUAUAUCCGGAGUUGAAGAUGAUUCAAAGACAGACUCUGCAAGGCCUGUUCCGAGACUUCAAGCCCUGACUAUUGAUCGUGAAGUAUCAUUUGAGUAUGAUGACAUUGGUUUUGGCGAGAGCGAUGAUGAGAUUGGAGACGAUGAACAACCCAAGGGGACAGCAAGAAAGGGGCGGGGCUUAAAGAAGUCAAGGGUCACGAUUGAUCCGCAAGCUAUUCUUAUGGAUGCUCCUGGUUUUGACCAGAAUAAGAAAUCAGCCUGGGAUACAGGGCGCUCCAUGAGAUAUAAUCAAGAUGCGCAGAGAUCAGAAGAUUUGCGGCGAAUGAAAGAGAUCCGUGUAUAUCUUACUAAAUUGAGGCUGAAUCCAGAAAAAAUUGAGAGACCUAAGAAAGAGUACGCAGGAGGUGUAUUCUGUAGGCUGGAAUCCCAGUGGAAAGCACAAUAUCUUCAACAGCAAGCGAAGCAACAAGCUCAAGCCCAACUCAGAUUGAGUCGAAGCAACACGUACCACACGAUAUCGGCACGGAAGGACCGAAGAUCAUUAUCUGGUGUAUAGAUCGCACAGUCAAGAAAUCGGUCAAGAUUUUCUCAGAUGCGAUCAUCAAUGGCCUAGAUGUAGUUCUCCUUUUGAGCAACAAGAAACACACUCGACAAUCGUUUAUUCUACCAUGUAUGGUUUACCUUAGCAUGAAUUUAGUCGAGACUUUUCUGCUGGACAAAUUUGGGUGUUGUCGUAAAAGAUUUAGGUGUCUUCACCGAAAAAUGUUAUUUAGAAAACUAAAUGUGUCUUAAAGGAGCAAAGGCUUCUUGACCCCAAUACCCUUAUGAACAAUAUUCAGAUGCCCUUCAUUGAAAAAAUUGCAACACAUUUGAUUGGCCUUACGUCCCUCGGCAAUUCAAAAUAGCUCCCAAGUAACUAUCCCUUACAUGUGAACAUAAGAUCUAAACUUUAGUCAGAUUGGCCCCAAAAUUAAUCAAAGUGAACAUUCUCAAUUAAAACUAAUCGACAUAAAACCUAAACCAUGGAGACCUUUGAAACCCAAUUAUUUUUGGACAGCAUUUAUUUAUUCUGUUUUAUGGAAGAUUAUUGAGUGUAUUUUGUUUAAUCUUAAAUUAUUAUUUUAAGUGGAUUUUGUCUGUGAAAUUAGGUUUUUUUUUCAAGCUCAGACUUUUUAUCAUUUACCAUUCUUAUCAUUAAAGCAUCGGGGAAAAGAGGCUGUGCUAUUUUUGUAACAGUUACAAUUAUUGUUAUGAUGUAGAUUUUUUGCCUUUUUAGUUACUAAUUUUACCCAUACCUUCCUAAGUAUCUUAAAUGGACUUGGCCAUCUAUAAAUUUUUGCAAAGCUACCGGUAUACAUUAUAUAUUUAGGUAAAAAUUUCAAAAUAUUAACUGAACUGAACUGAAAUAUUGACUGAACAGUCAACAAUGUAGAUCAUGAUCAGAUGGCACAGAUCUUGGUCUGCACAAGUCUCACAUUGGGUAGAAUCUGUCACAGUCAGUAGAGUAAUGGUUGUGGCUAUAUUUUGACAAUCACUGAUUUUUUUCUGUAUUUUUUUUUCAUUUUCCUAAAAGAUUUUGUACAUGUAUGUCUUAAGAAAAUAUACAUAUAGCAUUAUUUACGUACAACACAUCUUAUGAAUUUGAUCUAUGUUACUGUUUAAUACAUAGAAUUUGGAUAAUUGUCAAAGAUAUCCAAUAUAUUUCCUGCAUUGGACACUGCAAGUCUGAGGGUCCAAUACAGCCUGUAUUGGAUUGUUGAGUGCUUAUCACCUUUUCUUUGUAAAAUGUUUUUUUCCAGUUUCUGUGUACUGGUUAAAGUUUGAUUCCUUUAUGGUAUAAUAAGGUUACAAUUUUAAACAUAAGUAACACCAUAUUAUUUUCCCCUUAAGUAUUUCAGUUUUAAUUAUGAGUGCAUUAUUUUCAAAUAUUUUAUCAUAAAUAAAUGUGUAAGAAAUUUAAAUUAAUUUUAAAGUACUGCUUCAUUUUAACUUUUUUUAUUAUGAUUACCUAAAUUUAAAAAAAGUGUACCCAUUUUUUUAAAAUUUAAUUUAGUAUAAAUGUGUUUUUAAUGAGACCAGGUGAUGAUAUGUUUAUAUUUUAAUAACAGUCUAAAUUAUUUAGGCAUUCUAGUGAUUUUUUAUGCAUUCUUAUUUUGUUUAGGCAUUCUGAAUAUAUUUAGGCAUUCUGGGCGUAUUUAGGCAUUCUGAAUGUUAUAAACAUUUGGUUUAUUGAACUUUUAAAGUAAUCAAAACUGAAUAGUUUUAAGUAAAUUGUUUUUGUAUGAUGAAUAUGAUUGUGUAUAUACAGUAGAUAAUUUAUUAAAUUAUGUGAAAAUUGUUUUAUAUUAUUUAAUAUGUUGACAUUUGAAUUGUACACAGAUUGUCUAGUUAAACUGUGAUAUUUGAGCCUUUAUUAAUGCAUAAUGUUUGCAAUUGUUGUUGGAUUUUAAUACAAUAAUAACUUUUAUUGCUGUGAAAAUAUCAGAUAGAAUAAUAAAAUUAUGAUUUUUU